GUCCCUUCCCGCCCGUCCCCGCCCCGGCAGUCGGCGCCAUGGAGGACUCGCUGAAGCGAGCGCUCGGCACAGCGGUGCUGCGGCCGACCGGGCAUAUGGGGGGCGGCUGCAUUAGCCAGGGCCAGAGCUACGACACGGACCACGGCCGGGUGUUCGUGAAGUGCAACUCUCAGUCGGAGGCCAGAAGAAUGUUUGAGGGAGAAAUAGCAAGUCUGGAAGCCAUCCUGAAAACAGAGACUAUAAAAGUGCCUAAACCCAUCAAAGUUAUAGACCUGCCUGGAGGAAGUACUGCAUUUGUGAUGGAACAUUUGGAAAUGAGGGGCUUGAACAGACACUCAGCACUGCUUGGAACUCAGCUGGCUGAUCUUCACCUUCAUAACCAGAAACUUGGAGAGAAGCUGAAGAAAGAAGGGAGCAUAGUUGGUAAAGGUCAAGGGCAAACAGAAGUCCAGUUUGUGGAUCAGUUUGGCUUUCAUACAGUUACCUGCUGUGGUUAUCUUCCACAGGUGAACAACUGGCAGAGUGACUGGGUGACCUUCUUUGCUAGACAAAGGAUCCAGCCCCAGAUGGACAUGAUUGAAAAGAAAUCAGGUGACAAAGAAGCAAGAGAACUUUGGGCACAGCUUCAGCUGAAGAUACCCAGUUUUUUCUGUGGUGUGGAAAUCGUUCCUUCUCUCCUGCAUGGGGAUCUCUGGGGAGGAAAUGUAGCUGAGGAUGAUUCUGGUCCGAUUAUCUUUGAUCCAGCUUCUUUCUACGGCCAUUCAGAGUAUGAGCUCGCAAUAGCUGGGAUGUUUGGUGGCUUCACCAGUUCUUUUUAUUCUGCUUAUCACAGUAAAAUCCCCAGAGCCGCAGGGUUUGAGAAACGCCUGAAGCUUUAUCAGCUGUUCCACUACAUGAACCACUGGAACCAUUUUGGUUCAGGGUACAGAGGGUCUUCUUUAAACAUUAUGAGAAACCUUGUAAAGUAACUUGCUGCUUAAGCCAAAUACUUCCUGUGUUGUUUGGAGAACCCCAUACUUGGUGGUGCAGCUGCAGGAGUAGUAAUGUUAAAAACAACCUGUGAGACCCUUGACCUUGUUAAAGACCUAGAACCAGUGUCUCCUGCUGAAUACCAAGUAUAAAAUAGUCAUCCCUUUUUAGGAUAGCUGGGGAUAACUCCACGAGGAAAAAAACUAAGGAAGGAGUGAAUUUGCACAGUGAAUAAAGGUCUCAGUGUCCAGAAAGCACGUGAGACUGUGCAGGGUAACACAAAUAAACACCAAUGAUAUGCCUAAAAGAAGUUGCUUACUGCAUUUUGCUGUGUUUUCCUCUUUCAGCUCUUUAUGUCCAGUUGUGUGCAUGAGAGCAACGUUAACGACAGAGCUUGAAAGUACAGGAAAAUUAUGUAACGUAAUUUUAGGAAUUAUGUUUACGAACUGUGAGAAUGGAUUUGGACUUGCUAUUAAUUUUCACAAAAUCAGAGUGGGGGAGGUUGGCGGGGGGGAUCAGAGAAUGUCAUCUAGUUCAACCUCUCUACCUAAGCAGAUUACUUAGGAUUGGCUCCAGAGGCUUUUAAAGACCUCCAGGGUUUUGGUGAUUGAUUCCAGUCUAUGCAGACUGUUGGUGCCUCCUGGAAUGCUUGUAGGCUGUUCUCUGCUUUCUGGUCAGUGGGCUUUUAUCCACAGCAAUUUUGCUUCCACCAGAACUAGUUCUCUUCCUUUUUUAGACUAUGCUUUUGUCCAAUAGUGUGCAUUCUUAGAGAACUUUACAGGUAAGACACUUUCCAUGUACACACCUUGUGGAGGUAUAUUCUCUAAUGAAAUAAAACCUGCACAUGCUUCACCUGUAUGACUAAAGUCAGUCAAAAUCCACCUAAUCAUGCUGGCACUUUGUUUUUUCCAUACCCCAAAGAAAACUAUAAAAAUAUAACUUAAAAGGGGAAGGAGGUCAGGGGAGACUCCUGGGGUGGCUCACAGGCUGCAACCCUCUGCUUCUCUACAGGAAUGCCUAUCAGCUAAUUUUAUUCCAAGGGCAUACACCUGCUUGUGCUUUCUGAUACCAGUGUGUUUAUCAACAAUAGUUUAUCAACCUUACUCUGGCACAAGGAUCAGUAAACCACAGCAUUUAUGUCAGUAGGACCACAAAUGUGCCCAGUGUCAAGGCUGCACCAUUUGUACACCUGUGCUCGCAAGUUCCAAUGCAGACUUAGAGUGCUGCACUGUUCACUUCAGGGCUUCAGACACGCCAGAAAGAGGAAGAUGUAGACACCUCUGGGCUCAGUACUUCUCUGGAUAACCUGGAAAGCAAGGGGUUUUCCUUUCCUAAACUCUCACAUAACAGUCCCCCGUAAGAGCGUGCUGUGGAUGUUGUGGUAAGAGGCAUGAAAGGGAAGGAAGGUAACGUGUAACUCACAGAGCAGCACUUCACCCUGUCACAAGUCCUUGAUGAUAGAUCCACAGACUGUGGCUUUAAUACUGAAUUUGUACUCUUUUGAUGUAGGCUGGCAGCAGUGCUUCUGUGCAAACCUGCCAGGUAGGUGAGAGAGAUGCAUGAUUCUAGCACGCACUUUUGAGUGUUGGGGAAUGACUUGUAUUAACUAAAACUGCUUUGCACUGGAUAUUGGCAGAUUACUGAGGGUUUUCUAGUUGCUAGUUUGGCAGUUACUUACACAAAUUGGAAACACAUUUGGAGAAGACUGGUAUUUGUUACUACUUCCCUUAAUUCUACUGCUUUUCUCAUUGGUUGUUUGACUUUUGCUGCAAAACAUCUGCUUGGUAAAAUAGGUUUUACUUUGACCUUGUUACCUGAAUAAAAGGUUUCUCAGUUGA